AUGUAUUCAACGAACUGGAAGUUGAGUCCCCCUCCAAGCUCACCACCAACUCUCACGACGGCCCUUAAUCAGGACGUAGUAAAAAGCCUAAAGCGACAGCGAGAUCAUCAUCAUCACCAUCAUCACCACCAUCGUGAUAGCAAAGAGCCAGGAGGGAAGGAGAAGAAGCGUAAGAAGGAUAAGAGGCGAGAUAGAAAAGAGCGGCGUCGGCGUGACCGUGGCAAGGAACGAGACGUGGAACAAGGUGCCGAGUCUGAACAGGUAGAUGAACAGGGAGUAACGGUUGAAUUUGAGGAUAAAGAAGCGGAUCUGACUAGAGAGGCAUCUCAGGAAGAUUCGGAUGGUUCAGUUAAGCCGGAACCAACUCCAGAGCCAGGAUUGCCUGAUAAGCAGACAAAUCCAGACUCGAGUACUGAAAUUUUCGAGCCAAACGCUGGCAAUACAGAGGCUCCCAGGCCGGAGACGGCGUCAGGGCCUGAUAAACGAGAACGUCGUAGAGCCAAGAGGACCAGAUGGUCAGAUGCUAAUAAUGAAGAGGAAGAUGAGGAUUUCGGUUCGUUGGCAGGUGUUAAUGGCGACCGAAAGCUUCGCUCUCUCUUUCCUGAUAAUCAAGGUAAAGAGGAAGAGGAAAUUGCUGUUGAGGAGGCCAGGAUCUUACAUGAGCUAGAACGUCGAAGCCGCCUCAUUAAGGUUAUUUUGCCAGACCUUGAACAAUUGAAGCCAGAUCAAUGCAAACGAUUAACUCGUGAAGAGAGCGCCCUGCUUAUCUUGAAGGAAGCCAUCGAAUUUGACUCUGUAAGUGCUAGUCAACACAUUAAUCUCUUACAUCUAGCCUCGCUUAUUCAUACUCUUCGCUAG